CCACAAUUUGCCCUUCUUUUGUCUCCCCUCUUGCCCCCGAGGAAUCAUCUUCCUGCUUUGUGUGAUGGGAGUUGGACUAUGAGAAGUCACAAGAUAUUUUCCGCCUCCGCCCACCAUAUCAGUUUCAGUUUCUCUUUGAACGGAGCUAUAGAACUAUAGAAGUUUCUGCAAUAUUCGCCGUAAUGAAGAUUCGGAGAAAACGCUCGGCGUUCUAAAAUGGAAUUCUGAAUAAUGCAUCAGUGAAGUAUGCGGCCAUCGGCGGAGUGACCCAGAAUGGCCGAUUAUUGAAAUGGGCCGAUUGUUCGGACUGGCGCUGGCCUGGGUGAGUUCAAGGUCUACUCAAACGGCCGCCUUCCCAGAUCCUUUCUUACUCUGUUUUUAUAGUUUGUUUUUUUAAUUUGUUUAAUCAACUAUUUAAUUUAUUUUCUCAAAGAAGAAACGAUGCUUUUAGCUGUUGAUUUUUAAGUUUUUUUUUAAAAACAUUACUUUUAUAUAAGAGUUUUUUUUUAGUACGUCAGCCAUCUGGUAAUAUGAUGUUAUGUUGCCAUCUGCUGUCUGCUUUGUGAUAUGGCGCAGGCUUAUUCAGUAAACUGUGAAUUGUAACAAAAUCUACUAUUAAUGGCAAAAAGUGAGGCUAAAACAGCCAAGAGAAUCUUACCUGGAUUCUGCUGGGCACCUCUCCCUACCUCCACUACAACUAAGGAAAGCCAAGCUUUAAACUCGUUGGCUGAGAGUGACCAGCUGACACUCUCAGCCCAUGACGUACUCCUGACUUCCAAAUUUAAAAAACAUAGAAACAUAGAAUGUGACGGCAGAUAAGAACCAUUCGGCCCAUCUAGUCUGCUCAAUUUUCUAAAUACUUUCAUUAGUCCCUGGCCUUAUCUUAUAGUUAGGAUAGCCUUAUGCCUAUCCCACGCAUGCUUAAACUCCUUUACUGUGUUAACCUCUACCACUUCAGCUGGAAGGCUAUUCCAUGCAUCCACUACCCUCUCAGUAAAGUAAUACUUCCUGAUAUUAUUUUUAAACCUUUGUCCCUCUAAUUUAAGACUAUGUCCUCUUGUUGUGGUAGUUUUUCUUCUUUUAAAUAUAGUCUCCUCCUUUACUGUGUUGAUUCCCUUUAUGUAUUUAAAUGUUCCUAUCAUGUCCCCCCUGUCUCGUCUUUCCUCCAAGUUAUACAUGUUAAGAUCCUUUAACCUUUCCUGGUAAGUUUUAUCCCGCAAUCCAUGAACCAGUUUAGUAGCCCUUCUCUGAACCCUCUCUAAGAUAUCAAUAUCCUUCUGAAGAAAAAAGCUCCAAAGUGAGAGCUUUCGGCUCGCCUGUAGCUGUACUGGAGGGAGGAGCGGUGUUCUAAAGCGUGGUGAACGCCAGGGCACAACUGACACCAUAACCACUACAAUGCACUGUAGUGGUUCUUUACGAAAGAAGAGUAGUUUUCUAAAUACUUAUCUCUUUUAGCAGAAACCCCCAUAAUAUUCAUUAAAAAAAUUUUAAAAAGAAAAACCAAAUAUAGAGCUAAUUGGAAUGUAUGUAAGUAAUAUAUUCUUGAGAAUAUAAAAAGUGAAAGUCUCACAGUUAGGAGCCACCCACAGCUUGUAGUUACAUAGCUCCAGUUGCAAAGGGUAAAAGUAAUAAUUUGUAAUCUAUUUAUUAUCUAUAGGAGACUAUAAGCUCAUUCAUGCCUUUCCCUAAUGGCAAAUGAUUCUUAGUGGGACGUGAAAAGUUUCCCGUAACUGGACGCAAAUCUCGUCACCAUAUCAGUCCCGGCUGAUUGUAAAUUGAUAAAGUCCUGGAACAAAACACUAUUAUUUAAGGAACACUAAACCUGUAUUCCUAACACAUUAGCGUCACUGUUCUUAGAUGUAAAGAUGUCAAUUUAAUAGGAAAAACCACUGGAAGUGUUUAAACACUCUAAGGCAGCGUUUCCCAAUUGGUUUUCCGCAGAACUGAUUGUCAGGGGCAUUGGAACACUCUGUCGUAGGGCAUUGGAACACUCUGUCGUGGGACAUUGGAAUUCUCUGUCAUGGGGCAUUAAAAGGCUCUGUGAGGGGCAGAGAAAUUUUUUUACUACUUCUACCUGUUCGGCACUUAUAGAAACUGAGAAAGAAGAUAUAACUAAAAAUCCAGAAAACAUGCCCAAAAUAGUUUUUCCUACUGUUCCCCAAAUAGAAGUGACAAGUGACAAGUGUCAUGGGGCAUUGGAAUUCUCUGUCAUGGGACAUUGGAACACUCUGUCAUGGGGCAUUGGAAUUAUCUGUCAUGGGGCAUUAAAAGGCUCUGUGAGGGGCAGAGAAAUUUUUUUACUACUUCUACCUGUUCGGCACUUAUAGAAACUGAGAAAGAAGAUAUAACUAAAAAUCCAGAAAACAUGCCCAAAAUAGUUUUUCCUACUAUUUUGUAACGAAUCAACCAUUACAGUCACGACUAUUUAAAAUAUUAUGUGAAAAAAUGGGUAGUCACCACUCUGCUCUUGCAUUCAGAAGUCCGUUGGCUAUCCACACAGCGGCUGUCGGUCUUCCCCCCGUAACCUCUAUCACUCUCCCUCUUUACCCUCUAGUCCACCCACACUCCUAUCUUGACUCAGGAGAUAUCUCCUAGAUGCCCAUCACCUCACCAAACUGAUCUCCAGAUACCGGGGGCAAUCAGUCUGGCGUUGACAUCAUAGCUAUGCAGCAACAAUUAAGCCCCACAUGGAAAGUUUUCAGUAUAUCACCAAUUAAGAAACUAGGGAACCUGAGAACCGACCCCCAUGGACCAUAACUGCCAUUGAAUCCUCAGGUGACUCCACGUGUUUACUUGUAAUAAAAAACCAAAACCAAAAAAUGUGCUCUAUUCUCACCACCUGAAUGCUAACUCAAUGUAUACCACUGACAUAUUAUGGUUUGUCUUAUAACAUGUUUGUUGCGAAGCACUGUUAAAAUAAAGAAUUUUUUUGUUUUUUAAAAAGAGUGGAAUCCCUAUUGUAGGCGGAACUUCUAAGGCACCAACUACAACUGUAUUCAAAACCAGACCUAAUUGACUCUAAAAUGUGUGAGUGUGCAGCUUUGUGAUUUACUUAAUCUUAAUUUACUUGUACAACAGUUUACACUAUCUUUGUUUAUUUUUGGAUAUUUUGGGUGCUCUCCCGCACAUUGUUGGUGCACCAGAGAGACACUCAGGACGCCAUCCACAACCUUCAAGAGGCUGCCGGAAUACUACCAUCCCUAGGAAUACCCCCAGAUGCUCUCACCCGAGACACUCAGUCUGAGCCACCGCUCUCUCACCCUUGGGACCCAGCGAGCAUCCCCCCUUUUGUUCUACGACAGCGCAUCCCUGAUUCUUAUGCGGCUGCAACCACCUGAACAUGUGCAGCUAACAACUGGGACUCACCUGGACGCUAGCCCAUUCUGACUUGUGUUUAACUUUGGGCGAAUAUUUUUAGUAUUUUUGUUUCACUUUUUAUGUUAAAUUUUUGUUGUUAACUUUACUUAUGUUAGCAGGUUUACUAAUAAUACCCGGAAUCAAACCUACUAUGUGACUCCCACAGCAGGGGCAGACAGGUAAUGAGCCAGGAGUGCUCAGUGUCACUCAGUGUUACCCUAGCCUGACACUUAUCUCCACCAUAACUGUAACUGCAGUGACAAACUGUGAGCUAGGCCCACAUUUCCCAAUGGCCUCUAGAGUUCAAAAUCACUACUAAUACUAAGUCAGGGGUACCAACGCUGAAUUGCCCAAGAGGAGUAGAAGACCUGGUGCCUCACCUUUCGCCACAAAGAGAUGUCCCUCCAAUUGUACCAAUACUCAGGUCAUGUAAAUUCAGGUCAUGUAAAUUCCUGGUUUAAGCUUGUAUAGGGUUACCUCUUACAAUGACCCAAUAUGCAAUCAGGCAUAAUGUAAUUAGCGUAUGUGUCUCUGCAUUUUAUGACGUAUUCUAACUCACCACGUUUAUUAGAGUAUAUGCGCAGAUUUAAAAAGUUUCAGGAGUACAAAUCAAAUUAAUUACCUAUUGAUAUAAUUUGACCUUUCACAGUUACUCCACUACCUUAUUUUUUGGCUUUUUAAAUUGCAUAUAAUUGUUAUUCGCAAUACAAAUGUUAGGCGACAUGCCUUUAGCGCUAAGCAUACAUUAUUAUACUAACAUGCAUAUAUAUAGCCUGAUAUCUUCAUUAUAGCUUACUAAAGAAUCCUAGAUUGUUAUUCACUCUAAAUAUAAAAUGUGCUAUUGUACCUGCCUUGUUGUGACCAUCUGUUGUGACUCUGCAAGCUCGUAUGUUACCAUAUGCACACGAAAAAAAAGAAAAGGUAGUUUACUUACCUUUUAUCCCAUGUUGUGCUGCUCUCAAUAUUGCUGACCCAGUCUCCAUGGCGGGGAUCAUCAAUCUAGGAAAGCAGUUGGUACUACUGCGCAUGCACACCAUUCAGAAGGUCUCUGAGUCACUCUGCUAUUUCUGUAGAACUGCCUCUUUUGGCUGUAACUAACCCUACUGGGAAAGUUCCAUUUAGCCAUUUUAUGUUAAAUAUUGAAAUUCACUUUGAAUUCCUACUUAAUCCUUCCUAACUAUCUAUGUCCUUUGCUACAGGCAGCUAUGGCUAGAGUGGUAUUUAGCGCAUGUCUGCCUGGAGAGUAUGAGUACGAAGGAGAGUGCUGUCCACAAUGCCCAUCUGGUAAGUCGAAAAAUAGUUUUAUGUAAACAGUGAAUUACACAAGCAGUUGCCUCAUUCAAGUCUAAAAUCAUUUUAUUUUGUACAAUUAUAUUUUCUGUUUGAGACAAAUAUACAAAUGCAGGUUAUUGAGGCAAGCAUCUCUUUUUUGUUGAGGGACCUUGACAGUAACAGACCAAUACAAUCUGUGAUCAUGGUAUGGAGUUAAUUCGAUCCAUGUAAACUGACAGCUAUGACAUAUAUAAUUAUUACAUAAUAUAUCCGAUGCCAAACAACUGAACGAUCACAUCCAGCCAUUCUAAGGAUCAGUGGAGAUUGUGAAGUUGUUGUUGUUGUUGGCAUUUGGGACCCUGGGUUUGGCGAGUCCAUACACUAAAUUGCAAGGCUCCAUUUGUUUAUUUUUACUUAGUCUAUAUUCAAUACAUCAGCGUAAAAUGUAAGAGAUCACUGAGAAUGGACAUAUACAUAUAGAUAAAAUAUUAAGGGAGAGUAUGUCAGGUUACUGUACAAGAAAUUGGAGGGUAACCCCUAAUAUGAACAUCAAAAUACUAAAAGACAGGGGGAAAAAAGGGGGAAAGUGAAAACACUUUUAUAAAAGUGAAUAACCCAUUUAUAACACUAACUUUUAUUAAUUGUAUUAAAAGAGGUGAAACAUGCAAAUAUAUGCAUGAAAGGUCACUACAUGAAGAGAUUAAAAAACUAUAAUAAUCAUAAACACGAGAAGUAUAAACUAAUAAGAGUAAAUUAAGUAGAUUCAAAAGAAUCAGAACCUGCCCGUCUGUUUUCUUCACAUUAGAAAAAAGAAAUAGUGCAAAGCUAGUUAGUAACAACCAUUCUUUCUACCACAAAUCUGAUAACAUUGUAUCCUGUGGAUGAGAUAAGCAAUAUAUCAUGAGCUACUAAUAUGAGAGACUAAUCCAUUUAGUUCAAAUUGAAUAGAUGCAACAACAUCCUGUAUCAAUUUAACUCUUACGGCAAACACAGAUAAGAGGGAAAUAUUAUGAGAAGGCUAAAUGCUAUAUGCUAUGCCUACUGUGCCUUCGAGGGCACCCCUUAAAAAAAUCUAUCCACCCUCCACCUUAUCUGUAGUAUCUAGUCCCUUUCCUUCCAAAUUGCUAAGUGCAAUACCAAAAUAACGGUAAGGGGGGUGUUUCGCCACUAGCUGGCUCUUCCAGGGGAACUGAGUUGUUAGUGUCAGAGUAAUGGUGUCUCUAUAACCUCUACUGCCCUUGACCAUCUCAACAGAAUUUCUACAAUCCAUAAAGACUUCCCAGUGAUCUAUUAUUUUCAAAUCCUACUAAGACUAUCAUUUUCCACUAAUACAACCAACUACCUACUCCUUCCUGGCUCCCUCUAUCCACUUAUAACCUUCCAGACCCAUAAUCUUGCUAUCAACUGACUGUCCCACUGCUACCAAUAAAUACAACUAUGUACCAAUUCACUGUAACUUCCACUAUCUACUGAUACCCCCAAGACACACUGAAUAUCCAUACUUUUACUUCCUUAUUUCAGUUUAUACUACAUGUCUCUAGGUCCCAUUUUACUCAUGCUCCUUUUUUUUUUUUUUUUAAUUCUUUAUUUAUUCCAAGGCAGAACAGUACACUGAAAACAUGAUGCAUCAAAACAUUGUAAUAUAUUGUUACACCGUGCAAAACAGUAUUGUAUCGUAUUUGCAAUAACAGUAAGCUAACAAUCUUUGCACCCCCUUACUGCAACAUAGUAACAUGAAGUGUAUCUAUCAUACACUACAACACUGUAUCUCUGUCCUCCCUGGUAGAUUUUUGUUUUACACGAAAAAUAUAAGAAACAUAACAAGGCUAAGACCGCCAAACAUUUCUUUUGUCAAUAGAACAUGCCCCAUCCGUUUCCCUGCGAUUAUGCACGGGCCUCAUAUGUCUUUUUCUCUAGCUCUAUCGAAUUAUUAUCCUUUUGCACCUAUUAUCGUCUGACCACAUCCUUUAGCAGUGCCAGUUGUUUACACGUUGUAAGGCAAUGUUAGGUCAGUUGUACCGUGUUUCUCCGAAAAUAAGACCGGGUCUUAUAUUUUAGUCACAAAAAACACACUAGGGCUUAUUUUCAGGGUAGGGCUUAUUUAUUUACGGUACCGGUAUGUACAUUGAACCCCCCCUUUAAUUAAUCCACCUUUAAUAAAUCCACCCCCCUCUAAUUAAUCCACCCCCUCUAAUUAAUCCAGCCCACCCUUUAAUUAAUUCACCCCCCUCUAAUUAAUCCAGUCCACCCUUUAAUUAAUUCACCCCCCUUUAAUUAAUUCACCCCCCUUUAAUUAAUUCACCCCCUCUAAUUAAUCCAGCCCACCCUUUAAUUAAUUCACUCCCUCUAAUUAAUCCAGCCCACCCUUUUAAUUCACCCCCCCCACCCCCUUUAAUUAAUUCAAUUAAUCCCAGACAUAAAAUAUCUAGCGGUACUCACAUUUCAAAGAUUCCUUGCCGAGUCCGACCACUGGGAGCCUCACCGCCCGGAAAUGGAUCCUUCCGCUGAAGAUCCGUGAAGGCAGACUGACGGCGCUGCAAAAUGUCGUCAUCACGUUGCGCGACGCUCCUCCUACAGCAGAAGAAGGAAGUCUCGCCGCAAAGGUACAAUGCCUAGGUCUUAUUUUCGGGGUAGGGCUUAUAUUGCAGCCCACCCCGAAAAUCCGACUAGGGCUUAUUUUCGGGGUAGGGUUUAUUUUCGGGGAAACACGGUAUAUAAUUCUCUCAGACAAAAGUAAGAGACAAGUAAAGAUAUAAGAGGGGUACGUGUGAAGAUAGAAAGAGAUAGUACAGGGAAAGGGAAGGGAGAAGUAAGAGGAAGAAGUAAGUGGAGGGGGAGCGCGGAGGAAUCCAGUCUAACUUACAUCCACUCCAUCCAAGCCUGCCGAAGGGGGUCUCGCUCGUGAGUGUAUCACGCACUUGCUGCGCUAGCUACCCAAGGGCCCCAAACUUUUUCAAACUUUUUCAUUGUACCCCGAACCCGAGCUGUUAAGUCAUCCAUCAAAUAAUUAUCUUUAAUUUUCUGAAUCACCACGGCGAUUUCUGGGGCCUCUCUUCGCAACCAUACCUGUGCCAAAGCUCUCCUAGCGGCUAGGUUCACCUUAUGUAAUAGGGUCAAUUCUGAUUUCGUCCAGUUUUCUAUAGAUCUAACUAACAAAAAUAUCCAUGGGUCUAGUUUAACCUCCCUCUCAAAUAUUUCUCACAGCAGCUGCGCAAUUUGUUGCCAAUAAACUUUUGUGAUCGGGCAUUCCCACCACAUGUGGAUAUAUGUGCCCUUGAGACCGCACCCCCGCCAGCAUAAGUCUGUCGUAAGAUGAUUUAUAUGGUUUAACUUUACCGGCGUAGCAUACCAUUGAAAUAGCGUCUUAUAUGAUUGUUCCUGUAACGAGACAUACAUAGAAGACUGCGCGGUUGCUUCCCAUAUUUCCUGCCAUUCCACUUCCUCCAACGUCUCUCCUAAAUCCCCCUCCCAUUGGUCUAUGUAUGUAAUACCUCCCCAUUCUAACGUGCUAUUACACAAAUGUGAGUAUAGAAGUGAAAUCAGUCUGCUUGGGAACUGUUCCUUUACGCACAUUCUUUCAAAGAAUGUCAUCUGUGUCUCUGCGGCUUUUUUAACCUGUCGGUCUUGGGCAUAGUCUCUAAUCUGGAGAUAUCUAAAGAAGUCAAAGGGUCGUAGAGGCGUUCUAGUUUGCAAAUCCUCAAACGUCACAAACGACCCCCCCUCGAACAGUUGGUGUAAUCUCUGCAGUCCUGCACGUUCUAUGCCCCUAAAAUCCUGGGCUGUCAUUCCUGGUAGGAAAGCUUUGUUCCUCAGUAAAGGGGUCAAUGGAGAAGGGGAGGAUAUCAAGCCAUAUUUAGGAGCGGCUGCGUCCCAGAUCUUCAGUGAAUUGGAAACCGCAGGGCAGGUCACGCUUAUGUUCGGUCUAUGCUCCUUAGGGGUCCACAUAAAAAACUGGGGCAUAUCCAUCCCCACCAGGGAAGCUUCUAGAUCUACCCAUCUCCUUUCCUUCGGUGGAGAAUGCCACAGUGCCACCUGGGCUGCCUCAUAAUAAAAAUAUAGAUGCGGAAGGCCCAGGCCGCCCCUGUCCCUAGCCCGGUAAAGGAUGUUGCGUGAGACCCUAUGUUUCUUAUUCCGCCAUAUAAAUUUGCCUAUGGAUUGUUGGAGCGGCCCAAGUCAGAUCUGGUCACUCUAAUCGGGAGCGCCUGAAACAAAAACAAUAUCCGAGGUAGCACAUUCAUUUUCACGGAAUGGAUCCUCCCUAUCCAAGAAAUUGCCUUUUCUGUCCAUUUCUCCAAGUCUGUCAUCAAUGUCUUAAUCAGCAAGGUAUAAUUCUGUUGGAAUAGUUUAGAUGGGUCUGCUGUCAGUCGUAUGCCUAGGUAUUUAAUGUGAUCUCUUGUGAUUCUUAAUUUGUAGGUCAUCCCUAUGUAGGUGGUAUCUGUCUCUGACAUACCUAUGGGCAAUAUGCUGGACUUGUCCAUAUUUACCUUAUAUCCGGCCAGUUCUUCAAAUUCCUGUAAAAUAUCUGUAAGCGCCACCAUGGAUUCCCUUGGUUCUGUCAGCGUCAAUAAGACGUCAUCUGCGAAAGCUGACACCACGUAUCUUUGCCCUCCAACAUCUACCCCUUUAAUGUCUGGGGCUGCGCGGAUCGCCUGAAGGAGUUGUUCUAGCGAAAGAGCGAACAAUGAGGGCGACAAUGGGCAUCCCUGUCUAGUGCCAUUGCUCAGACCGAACGGGUUUAUCUUUGCUCCUGAAAUGCGAAUUUGCGCCCUGACGUUAGUAUACAAAGCUCAUAUCGCCUUCGUGAAUUGUUCUGGAAAGCCAUAAUGAUCCAGCAUUGUAAACAAAUAAGGCCACUUAACUCUGUCGAACGCCUUCUCAGCGUCUAAUGACAGUAACAUCGUCGGUAUUUUCCUUGUGGUUUGUCUCAAUAUGAGAUCCACAUUACGUCUCGUAUUUUCAAAAAGUUGCCUAUUCGGUAUGAACCCCACCUGAUCAGGGUGAACCAAACGAGUCAGCAUCGGGUUUAUCCUGGCAGCCAAAAUUUUCGCUAAUAUUUUGGAACCAUGGUUGAUAAGGGAUAUCGGGCGAAAGUUUUCUGGUGUUGAAAGAUCUCGACCCAGUUUCGGCAGUAAGACAAUGUCCGCUAAUGACAUUUCUCUGUCGAGUGGACCUCCACCCAGUAAUUCGGUGAACCAAGCUUCCAAAUAUGGAGUGAGUUCUUACUCACACUCCUUCUAAUACUCACAAUUCUCUCCUAUGCCUCAUCCCCUUCCACCUACACACUAUAUCGUGAUUAUUUAUGCUACUCACUAAUGAAUAUUUCUCAAGCAGCCACUGGUACGAAGAGCCAGCAGCAGAUUACGGAGCACUAGUAUAGUUUCUGUUUUAAUUUUUAAUGUUUUUGUAUCAGCACAUAAUUCUUUUGCAUUUCUAUUUCUUAUAGGUAAUGUUGUAAAGAAUCACUGCACAGAUGCAGUCAGUACAGUGUGUAUACCAUGUGUAGACAACACAUACAUGGACCACCCAAACGGGGAGACAAAAUGCUUGAGAUGUAAAAUAUGUGACAAGGGUAAGGUUAACAAUUAGUAAUUAAUUUUAUUUAAAACAUAUUUUGCUCUUGUUCCUCUAAUUAUUAGUCCCACACAUUAUUCUUGUCUGAUUUGUCCAUUCGUCUCAUUAUUACAGAAACACUAAAGUGUUAUGAAUACAGACAUGUGUUACUAACGCUAUAGUUUUCCAGUAACAAUUCAGAUGUUAGAGCUUACUCUUUAAGCCCCUAAUGGCGGUAGGACGUUCUGUGCAGUCCUACACAAAGUGGGCUUAAAUGCACGUAUGAUGGUGUGAGCAGGUUUAAAUCCCUGCUCACACCAUACAACCCCAAGUAUCAGUGGUCAAUUUUAGUGGCCCCAGACUUUUUGAUGAGCUGCUUGCAGUGCUGCAAGCAUCUCUUUAAAUAAUAAUAACAAAGUAUUUAACCAGGAAAGGUACAUUCAGAUUACUGUGGUUUUCAGGUACAUCCAGGGCCGGCCUUAGGGGUGUGCGAGCUGUGCGGCCGCACAGGGCGCCAUGGACCAGGGGAUGCCCUGACAGCCGACACACCUCACACAGGGGAGCAAAAAAAAAUCAAAAAAAAAUCAAAAAAAAAUCAAGGGGGCAAUUUUAUUAAAACUAUGACUGCUACAAGAAAAACUUGCAGUGCAAAUCAUACGUCAGGUGUUAGACAAGCCUAGCAUCCCUAUUAAUGGGGUACCCAGCAACACAACCACCUAUUCUUCUUGCAUAGGUAAUAUUGCAAUGGGCUCGCUUGUAUUUGUCACCAUAUAUUCCAAUGCCUAUAAUCAUAGCCUUUGCAAAAAUGUCCAUCCUCCUAUUUGAUGACAUGAUAGGCAGAAUGCACAAUAAGCCGUUGUUAUUUUAUUUGACAGGCUCCUUCAUAUGUUAAGAGAGCCUGGGGUGGAACUGCGCACAUGCAUGGCCAUAGCACGUUCCAUUCAUGAAAUAUCAUGAAUUCAGCUAUUCAGUAAACUAAAUGCACUGCGCAACUUCUACGUUCUUGCAUAGUGGUUUAAUUUAUGUAUUUUCAUGAAUUAAGCUACUGCUGAAAUAUGAGUGCCGUAAACGUCAAUUUGACAAGGUUGUAUGAAAUAUAAUCAGCAGUCCCACCAAAAAUGAUGGGAGGGCUGUAAUUGGCUAAGAGGUUUGAGUCAUAUUCUGACCUUUAGAGUACUCAGAGCAGAAGUUGCAAAUCCUUGAGAUUUUUAGCAAACAAUAUAACUUCAAAGGUGAAAAAUGAAUUAUGAAGAAUGAAAAAACAAAUGGAGUCAAAUACACUCUGAUGUGUCUUUUUCUAAACCAUGUGAUACAUUUUACACAUUCUCAAAGUUAAACAGAUUUUUCCUAUUUAUUGGCAUGUUGUAUGUAUAUGUUAAUAGUAUUUAUAAAACCGUCGAUAAAAUUAACUAGGCUCUGAUUGUUAAAUUAAAAUAAACAUGGGAUUCUCCUUGUUCAUUGCUGUUCCAUAGGUGCUGGCCUUGUUACAAAGAAAGCGUGUACAUAUACUUCAAAUACUGUCUGCGACUGCGAACGUGGAUCAUUUUGUAGGUCGGUUAGUGGUAAAGAAUGUGACAUGUGUGAAAGACAUAAAACAUGUCCACCUGGCGAAAUGGUGAAGCGAUAUGGUAAGUAUGAGUUUUGGUUGAAUAUAUUGACUUAUUGAUUAUAAAUUGACAUUUUUAUAUCUAAUGAAGCCCAUUUUUCGGGUUUAAGUAAUGCUGACAUCUAGUGAUAUGUAAUGUUGAUUCCACAAUGCGUAUCCACGUACAGCAACCCAAUCACUGGAAAUAAAUUGACAUGUAUAUCUUGUUCUGGGGACACCAGGAAGAUGGCUUGAAAAAGCACAAAUAUAUCAUUAGAUCAUGUGAGAGAAUUUUCACAUGUGCAGCCCUAAUGGGGACUGACCAGGACAGAUGCUUGUCGUAGUUGUGUGCAGACCCCCAACCCAGACGAAGUACACUUGUCUAACACCUUCUGUUUGGGUCUGUGCAUGUUUGCAUGGGCCUGCCAUUUCGUUGCUACUGUCUUAAACUCCCUUUCCCAACCCCAUGCCUCCCAAUUUUGGGAAAUAUGCACCUGUGUUACAAAAACACAUCAUAUAUACUACACUGAAACAUGUUUUUUUUUUUUUUUUAAGUUUAAAGGACCACUAUAGACACCCAGACCACUUCAGCUCAAUGAAGUGGUCCGGGUGCCAGGUCCAUCUAGGGUUAACCCUGCCUGCUGUAAACAUAGCAGUUUCGGUGCCAGGACUCUAUAGGGUACUAUAGUGCUAACAAUACAACUUUGUGUUUCUAGCACUAUAGUUUCCCUUUAGUGGAGUAAAGGGGAUAUAUUUUAUACAUAAACUAGGACAUUGCCCCUAUGUCAGGCAAUCUCACAAAGCAAGUUACUGUCUGUGUCUUUGAGACAAUACGUGUCUGCUUGUUUGUAAGAGUGUUUUUGUAAGAAUGUAAGUUUAUGUCUCUGUGGGAUCUUGUGUCUGUGUAAGAAUCUUGUGUCCAUGUCUCUGUGAGAUUGUGUUACUGACUUUGUUUCUGAGAUUUUCUCUUUACGUGUUAAUGACAAUUCUCCUUUUAGACUCUAAACUCAAAAGGUUUUUUUAACUGAAUUAUCUGAACAAAGACAAGGGAAAACAGCAGCAAAAAAUCUUCCAAAAGCCUAGAAAAACAAUGAAAUACAUAUAGGAAUAAACAUCCGUGUUUCAUCCAACACCGGACUUUUUUGCUCAUAUUGUUGUUUUGGGGUGUUUUUUUGUGAGGUAACACCUUAUUAGGUAUCACUCCAUGUUUGUCACUUGUAUAUUAUUUUUUUACUCGCUUUAUUGAGCUUUUGGUUUUUUUGUAUAUUUUUAUCCUCACUUUUUACCAGUCGAGUUGUGCCAUCAGCGCCUGUGCUGAACGGCAAUAAUAUUUUGUUACUGUUGUAGUGUCAAAAAAAAUUAAAAAUGAAAAGAAAAAAUAUACACACGUGCUCAUUCCAUUCUUCUUCUCAACGUGGCUUUAGUAUUGAAAAACAACAAAUUAAUUAUUUCUUUGUUUUAUUGUAUCACAGUUAGGCAUUUGCUUGAACACAAGUGCACUUACCACCAAACAAUAGUUUCAAUCUCACAAGUGUUGUCAAUCAAAUCUGGCCUUUCUGCUGCGUGACCUCUGCAAAUGGCACUACACCCCAAUGAAUCAUAAACAAAUGUCUGAUUGUCACAGCUGAGUGUGACAGCCUACAGUGACCCUGGUUAGAAGGGACUCCCCAAACGGGAAUCUGUGGAUACCAGAGAUGACCACAGAAGUGACUACUACAUACAGGCUGUACAUUGUGUGCAUGGCAUUAUGUCCACCCAGGGUUGCUGUAAAAGGGGACAGUCACUCUUUGACAGAUCUGCAAUGUGGUUGUCAGGGAAAUCACCUGAGAGUGUAUGAAAUGAGGUUCCAGGCCUUAUUAGACCCAGGCUGCAUGGUUAAUUACAGACCAGUAUCCAACCUUCCAUUUCUGGGGAAAAUAAUUAAAAAAGUAGUGGCAACUCAUCUGGAGGCCCAUCUAUCAAGAUUGAACAUAUUUGAUCCUUUCCAGUCAGGUUUCAGGAGUGAUAAAUUAUCUCCUCAUGGUGAGAGACAAAGGUGAUUACUCAAUCGUAAUCCUCUUGGAUCUCUCAGCUGCAUUUGACACCAUUGACCACAGGAUUUUAAUAGAGCGCUUGUAGCACAUCUGUGGUCUUAACUAGUCCUUAACUGGUUUAAAUCUUUCCUCACUGGUAGAUCACAGAGAGUAACAUCAGGAUCAAGCUCAUCGGCACCAAUAGGAAAUGACCUGCGGAGUUCCACAAGGAUCCAUCUUGUCUCCCAUGCUAUUCACAAUUUACUUGCUACUACUGAGGGCAUCAUUAGGCGACAUGGCCUAAGGUAUCAUUGUUACUCUGACACACAACUCUACUUCUCGUUUGCUCCAGAUACCACAGGCCCAACAUGCCGCAUGAACAGUUGCUUAGUAGAACUCAUAGAAUUGAUGAAUGCUAGAUGUCUUAAAGUGAACCCGGACAAAACAGAGUUACUCUUGGUGAAGGGACCCAAGGUAACAAAAAUAUCCCAUGAUCACCCAAAUGACCUUGAGCUUGAAGGCUCUCUACACAUUAGUUCAUCAAAGGUACAAAACCUAGGAGUGCUGAUUGACUGACUCUGGACUAUGAUUUAAACAGCAGAUUUGCUCUGUAAUAAAAUCUGCUUACUUUCAUCUGAAAAACAUAGCCAGGAUACAACACUUAAUUCCACCGGAUGAUAUGCCAACAUUAAUCCUUGCAUUUGUAUCCUCUCGACUAGUUUACUGCAAUGUACUUUAAUUAGGCCUCCCCAAAAAAGAACUCCAUCGCCUUCAGACUGUACAAAAUGCAGCAGCCAGACUACUGACCAAUCAAACUCGCUCCUGCCACAUAAUACCUGUUCUCCACUCCCUGCAUUGGCUUCCAAUUAAAUGGCGAACAUAUUUUAAAAUUGGCCUGCUAACCUUCAAAGCCUUAAACAAUUAAGGCCCACAGUACCUGAAAGAGCUCCUGACACCCUACAUUCCAACCCGAUCACUUCGGUCAGCCAGCAAAUCCCUCCAAGAAUAAAGACAGACUCAGGUUUCAGUGUAUUCAGCCACACUGCCCCUAUUUUCUGGAACUCUUUACCAUGCGCAAUCAGAGAGGCACUGUCCUUACAGACUUUAAAAAAAAAUGCUAAAGGCCAACCUCUUACAUCAGGCAUUCAGUCCGCUCAUCUGAUCUUCAGAAACUCCUGACUUUUUUUUGUUUGUAUAUUGGAAAGUGCUUUGAGUCUUACAGGGAGAAAAGCGCUAUAAAAAUCGCAAAUUGUUAAAAAUCGCAAACUAUGGUCUGCUUAGAGACAAUAUUAUAUUCAGACUGGACAACUUGGCAUUUGGUUCCCCACGCGAGCUCUGUGUUUUGUUCUAGACCUUUACCUGAUUACAGGUCUAUCAUCCUGAUUAUGGCUCUGAUCAACCACAGAUCCAAUUAUGUUUGUGUGGGAAAUUUAAAUAACAGCAUUAUUAACUGUUUGAUGUGUAUCAUUGUAUUACACACAGGAACCAACAGGAUGGAUACAGAGUGUGAAAAAUGUCCUGAAGGAACAUUCCGCAAUAAAACGAUGUCAAAUUGCACUAAGUGGACAGCGUAUGUUAUUUCUUUAUCAUAUUUAAUAUAUCUAUUUAGCUAGGUAUGCCUUAUGUGAGUUCAAGGAAUGGUCCUAGCUAAUUAGAUGUUGCUUAUUAAAAUAUUUGCUCAGAGGUCGGGCCCAUUGAAGAGUGGUACAUAAAAUUUAGAACUGACCAAAUUGCCAGGUUACGGAAGUGCUUUAGGGGCUAAACAAUUGUUUAUUUCACUAUUAUAAAGGUCCUAGAUUGCACCUCAGCAGGGGGCAAUUGCUCAAUGCUUCUCUAUGUGAAGCUGUGAUGAUGCAUGAAUCUUGAUCCUAGUGCAUCUCUAUGAGGUGGAGCAGAGCUCCAUUAAGACUCACAAACUGCUGUAUUAGAGGAAUAAAUGGCAGCUGGUGACAUUUUAAGUUGAUGGGUGCCAGACUGGGCACAUGAAUUUGACUAAAUAUUUUAAUCAUGAAUCAAUGUUUGUCUAUAUGGCUCUAUUACCUCAAAGAUAUGAGGAUUAUCCCAUAUAUAGGGAAAAAAACUAAUAUAGACAGAUUCCCAUUAAUGAGAUAAAUAAGUUGACUGUUUUGAGGCUAAAUUUAAAUUACAGGUAUGAUCCAGAAUUUAGCCACAAGAAGUCGCCAAAAGAUCAGGGCUGUCGUUCUGCAUGGCAGUUGCCAGGGGGCCCCACAAGUAUGGGGGCCCUAAAGUGUUGCCCAUGUUCCCAGGCUGACAAGGAAGAUCCUUUGAUCUCCCCUAUCGGCCCAAGGAGAGCCGGCCCUGCUCAGUUGCUUUGGGACCUCUUGGGCUGGUGAGGAGAUCAAGGAUCUCCCUCACCGGCCUGAGAGGCCCUUCGUUCAUGACAGGGAGGCAGGAGGGAGCUAGGAGGAAAUUCUUCACGCAAGAUACUGAUCAAGCGUUGCUGCGCUCACCUCGCGGAAGAAGUACAGGUAGCCUGCAACCAGAAGAGCAGCAGGCUAAAGAGCGCCAAUCACCACUGGACCAGCAGUGCUGGCAGUGUAUCCCCCUCCCUGGAUAAACGUAAGAAGAAGGGAGGGGGGGGGGUCACAAAGCUAUUACUAGUGUUAUUUUUAAAAAUAAAAUAUACAUACCCCUCACACACAAAAAAAUUGAAAGAAAUGGGAUCGGUGGGAAAAUGGAUGUAAAAGGGAAUAAACACCACCUCCACACUGAUCCCAUGCACCAGGAGGGCACUCCAGCAAUGCCCAAGGGCUUAACCCUAGAUACUAGUAACAAAAACAAAGAAGCAAAAAUUCACAAACUGAAUAUAAUGCUGACUGGAGGUAAAAAUGUAGGCACCAAAGCAUCCAGUGGUAUGGAACAAUGUAACCAGAGGGAGACCACUAAAUAUCUGAAUUACAGAAAGUGUCAACACAGAAAUAAACUAACUCCAAAUAAUAAUAAAUACCGAACUGGCCUUAUAAGGCUACUCCCAUGCCUAAAUAAGUGAGGAGAUAAAGUUACUAAACAUCUAAUUCUGCAAUAUACAUAUAGGCUUUAUUAGUCCUGGCCCUUUAAUGCAUAGGGUGUUAGUAAAUCUCCACUUAGUACCUAAACACCAGAAAGAGUGCCAAAGGGAGAAAGGUCACUGUCUACAAGAUUCGCAGCCCCAAUAAUCAAACGUAGACAGACGGAUAAAAUAAAUACAUUUCUCUCCAUGUGGGACUUUCUAGAUAGGCAUAGAAAAAAAAUGUAAAUCAUAACAAACUCCCAUGCGUAAGUAAGUGAGGAGAUAAAGUGCUAAACGGCCGAAUCUGCAAUAUACAUGUAGGCUUAAUGAGUCCUGGCCUUUUAAUGCAUAGGGUGUUAGUAGAUCUCCCCUUAAUUCCUGAGCACCGGUAAAAAAUGCUAAAGGGAGAAGGGUUACUGAGGUUACCCCUCACACAAACAGCAACCUCCCACAUGCACACACACACAUACAGCACCCUUCAUAAUCACUCUGCACCCCUCACACACACCGCAUCCUCCCCACACACACACUCUGCACUCCUCAAACACACAAUACACGCCUCACACACAGCACCCCACAUACACUCUGCACCCCUCUCUUUCACACAUACACACAGCACACACGUACACACACUCUGCACCCCCUCACACACACUGCACCCCCUUCACAUAGCACUCCUCACACACACACUGCACACACGUACACACACUCUGCACCCCCACACACACACUGCACCCCCUUCACACAGCACUCAUGACAAACACACACAACACGCCUCACACAUAAACACAAACACUGCUACCCUCACUGAAGCGUGUGUGUGUGUGUACCAGCCGCCACUCUGCCUCUCUGCACUCCCAGUCGGCUCCCUACCGCGCUGCCUGACUGUAGAGCUUGAUGUGUGAAGCGACGCCUGCUUUAAUACGAUCUACAGUCAGGCAGCGCAGCCGGGAUCAGGACAGAGAUAGCACAGAGAGGCAGAUCUGCUGAGGCACCUCAUGUUACAGCCGUGCCUGCUGCCAUUACUGGGACUAGGAACCCAAAAUUAGUUCCAGCCACCCUUUCCCAGGGGUCCUAGGGAGAGAGGGAGCUGUGCUGGGGGAGCAGAGAGGGAGCUGUGCUGGGGGAGCAGAGAGGGAGCUGUGCUGGGGGGGAGAGAGGGAGCUGUGCUGGGGGAGCAGAGAGGGAGCUGUGCUGGGGGAGCAGAGAGGGAGCUGUGCUGGGGGAGCAGAGAGGGAGCUGUGCUGGUGGAGCAGAGAGGGAGCUGUGCUGGUGGAGCAGAGAGGGAGCUGUGCUGGGGAGCAGAGAGGGAAAGAGUAGGAGCUGUGCUGGGGAGCAGAGAGGGAAGGAGAGCAGAGUCAGACACAUACCUCAGGCACUGGGGAAGUGGAGUUCUGAUAACUGGUGCAACCUACCAAUAAGAAAUGCAGUAGGCAGGUUAGUAGGAAAGCCUGUCAACUAAAGGGUAUUUUUUUCAAAAACCUAACAGAAAAAAAUUCUACAGUUAUUUAUUUUUUUGUAUUGCAAUAAAAACUGGUGGGGAUGCCCGUAUGGACAAGCCUCCACUUCAACCUAUUGUUCCUGUAAGUUUUCUUGUAAUUGUCCUGUUUAUAGUUACAUCCCCCUCUCAUAAUAUUGUAAAGCGCUACGGAAUCUGUUGGCGCUAUAUAAAUGGCAAUAAUAAUAAUAAUAAAUAAUAAUUUGUUUCAAGAUAUAGCUGUAACGUGCAUCACUUCAUGAUGAAUAAAAAUCUAAUUAUUGUAAUAAAUUAGUAAAAUUGUUUUCUGUGUUAGGACAGAAUUUUGUUUUAAGAAAAUGACAUUCUGUCUUUCUUCUAGAUGUGCAAGUGGAAUCAUUAUUCAACAGGGAACAAGUACCAACGACACCAUCUGCAAAACUCUUCAUGCAAGGAAAAGGUGGAUAUUGUUUUUAUCUGGUCUUUGCAUGUGUGCAUUGGCUGUGUAUAUUUACUUUAUAAAUGGUAAGUUUUUAUCUCCAAACCAUUACAAUGUGACAUCAUGAUUUAUUAGAGACUGUUUAGUUAUUUCUUUGUAUUAAAGGGCCCCUCUAGGCACCCAGACCACUUCAGCUUAAUGAAGUGGUCUGGGUGCCAGUUCCAGCUAGGGUUAACCCAUUUUUUCAGAGAAACUGCUAUGUUUAUGAAUGGGUUAAGCCUUCCCCCUAAUCCUCUAGUGGCUGUCUCAUUGACAGCCACUAGAGGUGCUUGCGUGCUUCUCACUGUGAUUUUCACAGUGAGAGCACGCAAGCGUCCAUAGGAAAGCAUUGUGCUCGUGCGCAUUCAGCCGACGGGGAGCAGAGGAGGAGGAUCGGAGGAGGAGAGCUCCCCGCCCAGCGCUGGAAAAAGGUAAGUUUUUACCCCUUUCCCCCUUCCAGAGCCGGGCGGGAGGGGGUCCCUGAGGGUGGGGGCACCCUCAGGGCACUAUAGUGCCAGGAAAACUAGUAUGUUUUCCUGGCACUAUAGUGGUCCUUUAAGUUUAUUUUGUAACCAGUGUAUUCAUCCAACAGAAUUUCCUGUCUGGUAAAUCAGUGGAUGCAACAAAAACAACUUUGCAUUAUUGCAAUGUUUAUGGUGCAAAGUCUGAGAGUGACUUGUAACUGCAGCAAUUUAAAAAUAAAUAAAUGGUGCAGCGAUUAAACAGUCCCAAGGCCGUCUGGAACUCUCAGUUCCAGUUUGCCUAUUUUAGUUUGUAUCCAAAGGCUGAGCAUGAAUAAUAACCAAAUGUCUGCAUGUUAAAUACUUCACAUUCAUAAUGUGUUUAAUUUUUAGUCUAUUAUUGUAUAUAACGGCAGCUGUAAAAUAUAUUACAUAACUGUUCUCAACUGCCCUUUACCAGAAUUAUUAAUAUUCCGUUUACUUAUCCUUAUACUUAUUUAUUUAUAAAUAAUUUUACCAGGAAGGAUACAUUGAUUUUCUCUCUUUUUCAAUAAGUUCCUGGGCCCACAAACACUGCCUUGUUACAUUAGGGUACAAUAUAAUAUUAUACAAUAUACACAUAUAUAAAUUUAACACACAACAGGUAAGAAAUACAGUCUCAUUCUGUUGAGAAAUGUUGCCAUAAAUCUUAGACUGGUAAAAUAUAUAUAACUAAAAUGUAUUUGUAAGGUGUGAAAAAUAGAGUUAAUGGACUCAUCAACUUCAGGAUUAUGAGCACAAUGCAAAUUCUAAAAUUUACAAAAGCCAAACACCGUCGGAAUUCAGCCUGCCGGAAUUAAUCUACAGCAAACUGGUGUCCACGCUUUAGUCUAAAGUGAAUAACUCGGUAAAUCUACAAAUCCACGCCUCUCUAUCCUGCAAAUGGACGCCUCUAUCUUAGUUUCAAACAUUGCCAUAAACUCUUUGCACAUGGCACCCAGCUUAGAGGAAGUAUACAGAGAAGAGAAAUUAAACUCUGUUUCUCCUCUUCAUUUGCAAUGUUUUCCCUACUUGAACUGGAUUGUGAAUUAUUUUGUUUAAUCUCUAAUAUUAUUUUUGUCAAUCAGAACUUUUUUAUUGAGGCAUACGGUGAUCUAAUGUCAACAUAAAUCAGCAACAGUCGGAUUGUGAUAUACAGAUUAAAAAUGAAUACUAUAAGGUAAAAAAAAAAAAAAUCGACAAUAAUAAAAGAAUGUGCAGUGCUAAAAUAAUAUUACUUACCCCUAAUUGUUAAGACAACAAGACAGUGCUGUAAAAUAAAAUUAGACACUUAUAGUGCCUUAAUAUAGCCUCCUAUAGUAAAGUGAACAUAUACUCAAUGGAUGCACUCACAUGGAUAAGAGCCCGUUUAGGAUAGGCGCAAGUCACUUCCGCUUUAGUGUACUCAGGUGACACUCAACCUUUUCUUAUAUGAUGUAACAGGGAAGCAAUGCCAACCCUAGUGUAUUAAAUCCUUACAGUGAAGGUAUAGCUGGUAAGCUCCCUAUCUUGUUAAGUAGUAUGGAGCUAACUAGUAAUCUAAAAAAGGCUUACAUCUGGAAGGAGAUACAAAGGAAAAUAUAUCAAGGAGGACUUUGACGAUUUUUAGCCAACGGACUAAAAAGGAGGAGGUAUUUACAGCCUAUUGAUCAUCGGCAUUGAGACCAUAGGAAAGUGAAAUGGCGGACUCCUCGCCACUGAUGGGACGAACCCGGCAGUGACGUCACAUGCUACAGUUUAUUGUGCGCGGAGAUGUCACAAUUAAGGGACAGAUUACCAAUGGCGAUCAGCUGAGCAAGGCACUCCCCCCCCCGGAUAAGCUCUCGUGAUUGGAGACUGCUGUCCACCAAUCUGUGUAUACUGAGACGAGUUUUGAACGGCGAAAAAUACGUUUAAGAUUAAGAUUGAAUCUACCAGAACCUUUUCUAUAUGUAUUAAAUAGUUUUUAUAUUGUUUUAAUACAAUACAUUUUUAAAUGUACAUUUUUAAAGUCAUCUAGUGGAUUAGCUACAACUGCUGAUGCUGCACAAAGAGGGAUAGUAUCUCCCAUAAGGAUACAUCAGCUUUAAUACUUAGAGCCAAUUCUGGGAUCUUAGCAAGGUGAGAAGAAAACUCCACUUUAAAUCUAUACCUUCACUGUAAGGAUUUAAUACACUAGGGUUGGCAUUGCUUCCCUAUUACAUCAUAUAAGAAAAGGUUGAGUGUCACCUGAGUACACUAAAGCGGAAGUGACUUGCGCCUAGCCUAAACGGGCUCUUAUCCAUGUGAGUGCAUCCAUUGAGUAUAUGUUCACUCUACUAUAGGAGGCUGUAUUGCACUAUAAGUGUCUUCUUUUAUUUUACAGCACUGUCUUGUUGUCUUAACAAUUAGGUGUAGGUGUAAUAUUCUUUUAGCGCUGCACAUUCUUUUACUAUUGGUAAAUUAUUUUGCCUUAUAGUAUUCAUUUUUAAUCUGAUUGUAGUGGGGUGGAGAGUCCCUAUGACUGUGUGAAAGCUGCUACUAUUUAUAUUCCUACACCAUAUGACAUUUAAUUGCCUUGAAGCACAGAGCACUUCUUUGUAUUAUUGGUAUAGUGAUAUACAAUUCAAAAUCGAAUGAUAAGGCACAAUACUGUCGCACGUCACAUUAAUACAAACUUUCUUAGUUCCUCAAAGUUUACAGUUGAUCUCACCAACUGAUCUUUAGCCUAUUCAAUACAAUUGAAGAUUAGGUAGUAUAAAAAUCCAACUACAUCAUUUUUUUUGAGAAAAUAGGUUCCAAUACUAUUUUAAAAGAAAGUGGAGGGGAGCUGGAGCCAACAUGCGAAUGUGAGCAGUCGCCAUCUCUGACUGCUCUUCGCAUGCCUCACUAAACUCACCAAAUAUCUCCUUACAGACCUACCAUCCAUCACUAAAAACCUGAGUAAUGCUACCUGACCUUUUCUAUAUACACUGAGGCAAACCAAGUUAGUCAGAACACCACUUGCCAACACUGCUGCCUCAUACUUCGACAAUGGGGGGGACGGGCGCAAAAGAGAGAUUGGAGCAAUGCUCCAGAGACCCGCUGCAUUGAAGAAUCCCCCUGUGGAGGUCUGACCAACCGACGCAGUGUCAGCUCCCGCACUGGAGAGCGACUACCAGGAGGCCUCCCCAGCACCCGAACCAGAGAAAACUCUGAGCCUGCACCAAACAGAUAGCUUGGCCACAACAACAAAGCAUCACCUUAAAAUACUCCUAUCUGAUUUACACAAAAUGAUCUUGCACUCAUCAGGAGAGAGAUCCAGGCCAAAACAUCCACGACAGAAGAGGAUAUCAUGGAUGUUCAGACCACAGUGUCCAACUUAAGUGGCUCAGUCCAACAACUCCAUACUUACCAACACUCCUUGUCUCUGAGAAUGACAUCCUUCGAAGAUCAACAAUGCCACAACAACAUAAAGAUCCAAGGAAUGCCUGCCACAAUUGUGGCUGAAGAGCUACCACAUUAUAUUCAGAGGUUGCUUGACUCUAUUUUAUCGCCUGCAGGGGCCAGGAAAAUUGCUCUGGAGGGAAUCUACUGACUUACCAACACGGCCAAACCCUCUCCCCUAGCGACACAAGAUGUUAUUGUGCGCUACAACUCAACCGCAGACCAGAAUCACAUCAUGACAGCCAUACAGGGCAAAAUGCCAUUGUCAUUUGAGGACUUCAUCCUAUGCUUUUUCAAGGAACUUUCUAGAGCAACCUUGCAAUGACACAGAUCCAUGAGUCCUGUCACUACUCAUCUUCAUUCACCUCGAGUGCCUUACUGGUGGCAAACUCCUGGUUCUUUGGUGGUGAGACAUAAUGGAGUUACCCGUACACUUCGGUCACUUGCAUGCAUACAUACACACACACCUUCUUCGAAGAUUUCGGACUGUCGAUGCCUGAUACUGGCCCAAAUGCACAAGCUUUAGCCAGGAAUUGGGAUCCAGCCAAUGUUGUAUAUUUUGUCCCACGAGACGGAGGUUCCACCAUCAUGGAUAUACCAAUUGUUCCUGCCAACACAAGGGGCAAGAGAACACGGAACCAUGCCUUGGGUCAUCUAAAGUUUACCUUUUGUUUUAGUCUUUGUUUACCCUUUGUCACUCUUGUUUUGCUUACCGCAAUGGUACAGAGAUAGGCUGGGUUACACUACGUGUGGCUCCCCCACCCCCUGAGAUCACAUAGGUUUAUUUUAACCUUGUUCCUAGCAAUAAGAUACAAUUCAUUCUGCACUAUAUUGCUGUAGCCAGCUGUGCACGCGGCCUGUUCCAUAAGACUACACCUAUAGGAUUUUACUACAAUAUGCGACAACGAUAUGUUUCUCUCUGAGUUGCUACCUCUCCCAUAUUCCUUUUAUUUAUUUAUUUUUUGUAAAUCUUUAUUUUUGGAUGUGCGCAAAUUACUGAAGAGUAUCGUACUGCCACAAUAGCUUUGAAUAACACAAAUAAAACACGUUGUUUAAUGAGACGUACAUUAAAGAAUGUUGCGUUAUGUGACAUUUUUGAUGGUUCUGCACAAUUUUACAAUAGAUUACACAUUAGUAGGAUGUAGAUUAAGCUAGAGUUGCAGGCUACUCUGGUAUGCCGAGCUAUUAGAUACAAAGCAGGCCUGUCCUAACAGUCUUAGGUAUGCAAGUCAAAUGUAUAUUAGAACUGUAGUUAGGUUUGACUAGCUAGGCAUGUAGGCAUAAGACUAGAUAAACUAGGAACUGUGCCGUUUAGGAAUAACUGUAAUGAUCAAAACCAUACAAGAUCUAUAAACCACUGAGUCCCCACAUAACCGUUCGCUACUGGGGCAGCAGCUUAAAGUAAGCCCUGCACCGUUUAUACCCAUAGAAUAAAGUAAUGAUUGGGUAAGAACUCAAAGCCAAUUUAGUGUGGAGAUAGGUAAUUAAUGGCACAUUAGUGUAGGGCGGCGGUGUUGGCCAAAUGGAUAACAGCUGAACAUGGCUGGGGACCAGUCCUGCAAAGUGAGUCCAGCCUCAGCCGAUGCUAGUGCUCGGGAGCCCGUUGAAACAGCAGUGGAGCGGUGUCAGGCAGGUGCAGAGAUCGGCCUCAUGUUGGGUCAGCACGGCUGCUAUCUUGCAUGUUGUUGCUGUGGUCAGUGCCUGCGCAGGUUGCAUCUUGUCUGGGCUUGCGGAGAGGGUCAGUGGAGACCAGGAAAACCCCAACUGGUCCAAAAGGGGGGUGAGGGGACAGCAUUAAGCAGGGACCACACCACCGUCCUGUGAACCGGGAGAGCGGCUGUUAUAUUUCACUUUCAUCAAUAGGCCCCCUGAAGUAUCACCGAAGCACAUAACCAUGUCCUGUCGUCAUCCUCCCGUCCGAGUUGCUCAGGGCAUUGAUCACUUGACAACAUAAAUAAAUUAGUGCAGGACAUUUGUCUUAUAUUGAUGCUAUUUGUCUUUGUUUUUACUGCCUCAUACUAAUGAUUGCUCAUUGUCUGAUAUAUGCACUGCAAAAAUAAAGAAGUUUUAAAAAUGAAAGACGGAAAAUCACAUGAAAAAUGGUUAACACAAAUUACAGGUGAUUUUCAAUGUUUUAUUCAGUGGUUUAAAUGCCAGAGAAGUGACAGUUCACCUUUAAAACAGGUUUACAGUUCUAAUAUAUAUAUGAUACCAUUGUUCUAAAGUAUACCGUUCAAACUAUACAUUAAUCUUGAACCAUGAAACGUAUCUUCAUAAUAAAAACAUUCUAAUGUUAUGAAUACCAAUUAUCAUGCCUUAUUGUUCAGUUAAAAUCUUAUUUAUUUGUUUUCUCUAAAGAUAAUAAAGAAAAACAAAGUAUUCAAGAAACAAGACCAUUCCAGCCGAACAGCGAUCUGGAAAAUCAUAAUUCCUAGCCUUAUAAUCCCAGGUAAACUAAAACAUCUUUCCUCCUGUGCAUUAAAAGAAAUAUUAAACACUGUAUUUGGCAAACCAUUUUAAUAAACAAGAAAUAGCAAAUGUUAGCUGACUUGCAAAUCAGUUUUGCAGUGUCUGUCUAUUUUACUAAAAAUUAUCGUUUUUGUGAGGAUAACACAAUAAAUCUCACAAUUGAGGAUUUUUUUUAAAGGGUGCUCUAAGAACCAUAACACCUACAGCUCAUUGCAGUGGUUGUGGUGCUAUAUGUUGUGCACAGGGUGGAGGAGGGCGAGCAAGUUAGUCAUUCAGGUUAGUUGAAUAAAUAAUACAACAAGCUAUAUGGUUGUGGUCCUUAAAGCGUCCAUUAAAAUGUUCCCUAUAUUAGUUAUUUAGGUAAGACAAAAGUAAAAACUAUGGGAAAAGUGAAUCCAUAAAGCUAAAUCAGUUUCACAAUUAAAUGAAAUAAGACUAUAAACAAUUCAAGAUUAAGAAAAAUGUAAUUUCUGCAAACUUAAGUCAUGUACACGUGAUGGAUCUGAGUUAUUUUUUAAUUGUUUUAUAACAAGAUGACAUUUUACUUCUUCGACACAGUAUGUUGUCAUCAGGAGCUCUGUAUAUAUAUAUAUGUAUGUUACACUUGCUUGUCUGUUUCUCGUUUUCUUUUUACAGUAAACCAUAAGAGUCAUUCGUAAGUAAAUUGCAAAUUUACGGAUAGCAAUGCUGAACUAGAAACAUAGCGGACAGAAUUUUUCUUCGGAUUUCUAAUUAACAGUUUUGUAAAUAACCUUGAAUAUGUUUUUAAAUACAUAAUGAUAGUGUGACCCAUUUAUUUAUUAAAGUGUUUUAUUUGAUUAUAUAUGGUAAUUAUUUUAAAUGGUGUAGACACAAUCCUGCUUCCCCUUAAAUCUGGAUUUAAAAAAAUGUUGUUAAGCUUGCAGCAUUGCUAGGUAUGUAAAUGACCGUGUCAUACGUGAAUAAAAGCCACCUUAUUAACUCUUUACGUAUGUUUAAUAUUUAGGUUGUACAUUUCAAAUAUUUCGUGAAAGAUUACCAGUUGGGAUGUGCCUUAAGUGGACCGAAACUACAAGAAGAAAAAGGAGGAGCUAGCAACUAUUGGCCUGUACAAAAUAUGACAUUUAAAAAAAAACAAACAAACAAUAAUAAUAUACACAAUUAAUCUGAUUUUACUCAGCGGCCUAAUACACACAAUGGAUUAUAAUAUGGUAACAGCAAAGACUCCGCCAUUCUAGUGUGGUAAGGCAAUCUGAGAGAGCUGUAUAUUUGUUACUUAUUGAAGACUUUUCUGUUAAAAGAAGAUUGGAACUUUAUGCUAGGAAAAUGAAAAAUGUCCUUCCACACAAAGCUUGAUAGCCUUAUAGGAAAUGUGCUGCAUAGUGGCAAUCGAGCUUCAGGAGGAGAAAGACAACCACAAGUCACAAUCUCAAAUCCGUUAUCAAGUUCUCCUUCCUCAAAAGGUAUGUUGAGGACAUAUAUAAUAUGGGACUAAGGAAGAACCUUCGGCUUUGUGCAAACACUUUUUUUUAACCAUCCUGAAGACAUCUCCUGACCAUAUUAUCCGUCUGGAAAGAGUCCAUAAAAUGUCAUGAUUAAAGUCAGAGAUUUAUUCAACCAGUGUGGAACCGGCAGUGUUACGACCCGUUGUCAAGCAUAGGUUCCAAAAUUCAAAGUAUAACUUAAAUACACAUUAGGUUAGAAGUAACACCCUAAGGGUGGAGGAUACAUUAAACUGGGAAUUUGACCAUUACCAUACCAGAAUGCACAGCUGCCAUCAAUGAUUUAGGGUCCCUGACACAGCCCCAGGUCUGUGCCUCUGUGUCCCAAGAUCGCCCACAAUGCUCAUCCCUGUGAAUGCAGUGUGUUUGUGUAGUGCAUGCAGUGUAUGUGUUUCUGUAGAUAAUGGUGUGUGUAGUGGAUGCAGUGUAUGUGUUUCUGUAGAUAAUGGUGUGUGUAGUGGAUGUGUUUCUAUAGAGAAUAGUGUGUGUAGUGAUGCAGUGUGUUUGUGUAGUGUAUAGUGGAUGCAGUGUAUGUGUUUCUGUAGAGAAUGUUGUUUGUUAUGGAUGCAGUGUAUAGUGGAUGCAGUGUGUAGUGGAUGUUGAGUGUGUGAGUAUAUAUGUGGGGUAGCAUAGGGGCUGCAUUCUGUAGGGAAUUUGUUUUGUUUAGUUUUUUUUAAUUUUUCUAAUUAAUUUAUUAAUUGUAUACCCUUCUUUUAACUUUGGCCAGAGCAGGGGGCUUAUUACACUACCUGGUGGUCCAGUAAGAUUGUGCAGGAGGCCAGGUGCUGUGUAGUGUAAGAUCUUCACCAGCUGUUACUUCCUCCCAGCAAGCUGAUAUUAAAAGGGCUGGUCGCACUGUUAACAUGCCCGGUGCUCGAGGCCCGUUAUGCAGUAUCCAUCGAGUGGCCCAUUUACUUAGGGAAAAAAUUUGGCCCAGUCAUUUUUUAAUCACCGUGGCCCACUGAGAAGGUAUGGGGGCCAGAGAGGUGCUGUUUUGUUAUGACCAAUGACAAGUGCCCCCUCGCAAAGUGAGCAAGUUGCUUUAAUGAACAGAGCUUUUCUAAAGAGCUCUUGCAUCAGGACACAAAAAAAUAAUCAAAAACCUAUAAAUGGCUUUUAUACUGAAUAAAUAAAGGAAUUGAUCACUCACCACCCUCAGCUGUUCAUCAAGUGGGUUGGGCCGACUACUCCGGAGUCUGGGCGCACGUCUAAAACACCCGGGUCAUUCCAAGAACGUCAAAGGCAUGGACCGCCUCUAUAGUCUAAUACUAUCCUUACCUUUUUGUGUCAUUUUAUCCCACUCCCUCUAGCAUGUAAGCUCAUUGAGCAGGGCCCUCAACCCCUCUGUUCCUGUGUGUCCAACUUGUCUGGUUACAACUACAUGUCUGUUCGUCCACCCAUUGUAAAGCGCUGCGGAAUUUGACGGCGCUCUAUAAAUAUCAUAAUAAUAAUAAUAGUGAGUGUAUCUGACGUCACUGCGUUGCUAGGGUAACUACGAUGCUAUUCAGUAAUUGGAUGCCCGCCGACUGUGUGGGAAUUCCCACAUGAACUGACACUGUGGAGGCUCCAUCCACCCAUUACAUAUGUCUGACGGCAUCCCCAUAGCUACCGGAGCACGCUAAAACCCACUGUAUGAAAGCACACAGAUAAAACCACCAGAGGCCACAGACUGCAUAUUGAUAAACAUGCUAUCAGUUCCUAAGACAUCUCCAUGCAAUUAUAUAAAGAUCAGAGAAUAACCAAAAAACUAAAAUCCAUAGAUCUAUACCAUAUUUCAGACAUAAAGCAAAUGAAUAGCUAAGAUAAAUAAAUGUGUCUCAGACAUAUAUUAAAGCCUUACACUGAGAGGCAUAAUAGUGUGCAUUAAUACAAAAACUAAAGUGACUAAAAAUUCAAACUUUUGGACUCAAAGUGCACAAAUAGUGCUGUAAAAAGUGGCUCAAUUAUGUGCAACAGAUUGACCAUAAUUGGUCCACAAACUUAAGCCAUCUUAAGUACUAAGGGACCGUUAUAUAUCCCAAGUAUUCAUAUAAAGUGCAUAAAUAUGGUGUGCAAUGUAAAUUGCUUUGAAUAAAAUUGUGCAGAAAGGUACUAGUUCAAGUUACCGAGAAUUCAAUAAAAGUGCUGAACAUUCUCCAAGGACAAGAACAUGAGUUAAACGCAAAGAUGCCCCAAGGUAUUGAGCCAUAGGCAGUGUAUAAACUAUUCAUGCAUAAAGAUAAACCACCUAGUAAGGGUAGUGGACCAAGAAUAACGUGAACAAUAACACGUCUCAAUCCAUCAAUAAAAUAUACAAAUCAAAUAAAAAUAUUACUAAAAAACACAAAAGUCCUGAAACGUCGACCAUUUCUGACAAUAAAUAACUUCACUGAAAAUCCAGGAGUGCUGGCAAGUCUUCUAUAUAUAUAUAAAAUAGGAAGCUUGGCACUCACCCUUUCUCCACUUUAGUAGCAGCACUUAUGCCUUGGUGCAAUCCCAUGUUAUAAGGUAUAUAUGAAUAAGUAAGAGAUGCACUCUCAGGUCUUUUUAAGCAAAUUAAUUAGUAUUUAUUCCAAAUAGAGGUACCACAUCAAAUCCGUUUGACAUUUCGACCCAUUCAGGUCUUUCUCAAGAUCAAUGUACCAACAUAAAUACAAUCUAUACAUAACAAACAUAUAUAUGUACUCACCAAUAGUGAAAGACUCCCUCAAUCCCUCCGCGUGUACCCGGAAGUGAAUUCCCGCGGUCGUGUGAUGUGCCGUGAUUGAAACGUGAUGAUGUGUUGUAUGUUGCUAAGAUACCAGUAAACAAGAGAAUAAAUCAGCGGUAUGCAUCUCCGUGAGAACAGUCAGAAGUGAAUAUGUAUGCACUAUAAAAAUCUUAAGAAUAGCUUAAUAUAUGUAAUCCCAGCUAAAUUUAAAGUGAUGAAAGGAUGAUAUUAACAUUAAAUAGUGGCGAAAAUAUGCAAAUAUCGUGCAAAAAAAAUAUAGUGACACAAAUGUGAAUGAAUAUAAUAAACCCCAAACAUCCUCUGGGUGUAUGGUGAUACUAAACAGACAAACAUUUGGUUAAAAGCAUAACAUAAAUACAAAAGGAAGACUAUUAACAAUAUCAUUACUAAUAGCUUAAAUUGAAAGGCAUAUUACUGUCAUAGGCAAGGCAAUCAUACACAUUAAAUAAAUGCUUAAUGAUGAUAAUUAAAUGCGUAAUGAUGAUCAAUGGUUAGCAGAAGAAGGAGGGCUAUAAACAACCGGACAGUGAAUAAGGUCUAACUCCCUAUCAACAUUAUAUCGGGGGGUGUAUGUAUAAAAAACAGUGUAUUGGGAAAAUAUAUUUUUUACAUAAUAGGCAAAAAGGAUGUUAGUGAACAGAACUGAAUAAUAUAAGCCCGGUUACCUGCAUAAUCAUGGGCAUCGGAGAAGGGGGAAUUAAUUACCAUUCCCACUGGGGAGGAGAAGAAUUAUAAAGGGACAAAGGAAGUCGAUAUAAAUGGUUAAUUAAUUGAAGGAUCUCAAUAUAUUAAUAAAUUAGUGACACAGUAUCCAAACGAUGUAUCCAUUGCGCCUCACGCUGUAAGAUAAUUUUAGAUCCUGUAAAGUACUCCUCAUGUGUAAUUCAAAUAAAUAUAUAUUUUUUUAAAUAAUAUUAAUUUCUGUUAGAUAAAUACCUUUCUUAUAUUGCAUUUAAUACAAUUUGCAAAAAUUGUUCUUAAAUGGAGGGGGGUGUGAGGGUUGGGGGUGCAAAAUGCUGCAAAUACUAGGGGCCCAGCCCGGCCCACAUGCUUUAAGGUAAAUGUAUAGAAUGCUUUGGUUCUAAGUAUAUUUAAUAAUUUCACAAAUGUGUCUUUAUUUUGAUGUGACCUGUUCAUGUAUACAUUUUCAAUUUUUAUGAAAAUAAAAAAAAGGUGAAAAAAAAUUUGCAACUUAAGAAAAGUAAUUCAAAAUAAAUUAAAUUAUUUGUCCUGCUAUACAGAGUACAUGAUUUAUCUAGGAUUUCAGUUUAUUUUUGGUAGUUACAAGUCACAAAACUUGUAAAUAGUAUUUCAAUGUGAAAUGAUUUUAGAAUUUGCUAUGUUUGUCUUAUAAUUUUAAUUGCCAUCACAGAAAACAAAAUUGACACAUAAAGUAUAUAUUUAUAUAGUAGACAUCACAGGUUAAUUAACCAAUAAACAGAGCGCUUAAAGGGAAAUUAUAGGGCCAGGAAAACAAACUAGUUUUCCUGGCACUAUAGCUUCCCCCUUUGUCAAGGCCCCACUCCCCCAUGGUGCAGAACGGGUUAAUAACCCAUUCUGUCACUUCCCUGGGUCCAGCACUGAUGUUAUGAUGUCGGGGGAGACCAAAUGCGCAUGCACGGCAAUGGCUGCGCUCCCAUUAGGAUUUCUCCAUAGGAAAGCAUUAUUCAGUGCUUUCCUAUGGGGAUUCCGGUGAUGCUGGAAGUCCUCAUGCAUAGCGUGAGGGCGUUCAGCGUCGUUUAGGCAACCAAAUGUCGCCUUCAAGCCCGGAAAUCCCUCUAGUUGCUACCUAGUAGACAGCCAGUAGAGAAGAUGUUAACCCUUGCAGGUAAUUAUUGCAGUUUACAAAAACUGCAAUAAUUACAUGCUCAGGGUUAGAGUGAUGGGAGUUUGCACCCAGACUACUUCAAUGAGCUGUAGUGGUCUGGGUGCCUACAGAGUCCCUUUAAAUUGUGUAAAACAUAGAAUCUUCAAAUGUUGUUCUGUAAAUAAUAAAAUAAACCGAUAUAUAGUGCAGAUCAUCUGGUUAAACUUAUAUAUACACUCUAUAAAGUGCAGGGAGUGUCUGGGAUUAAAUUUCACAUCACAUUUACCAGAGCCUAAUCACCCCUGACUCUGGGUUUGAAAAAUGCAGCUUGAGAGGGAUACUACCCACAAAAGGAUGGUUUCAACUCUCAGUUGUGUUCAGCCAGACAGGUUCUUCUAUAUAAAUAGGAGACAAGCAGAGAGGACAGGACCCAAAUUAAACAGUAUCCAAAUCUUUAUUAUAAUGAUAAAGGUUUAAAACCUUACUUAAAUUGUGGUGGGUGUACCCACAACAGAACAUGCAAAACAAGAAGAUGCCAAUGUUCAGCGAUCAUGUCCGGGUUCCGCUGUAACUCAAUCACGUGGGGCUUCCUCAUCCCCCUCUUAGUGACGCACUUCAUUACUAGUUUUGCCCACCUUCCUGGGCUUUAUCUGACAACAUCACUGCCUCCUUCUCUGGCUUUUAAGUUUUAUUAACCGCCUCCUCUAUCAUCUGAUUUAUCUAUGGGUGUGGCUAAAAAAGAGAGAAAAAUAACAGAUUUGGAUACUGUGUGUGUGUAUAUAUAUAUAUAUAUAUAUAUAUAUAUGUGAUUAUUAUUAUUGGUAAUUAUUUAUAUAGCGCCAUCUUAGUCCACAGCACUUUACAAUACGAGGGGAAUUUACCAAAUGAGACAAUAACAAAAUGUAACAGGAACAAUAGGUAGUUGAGGACCCUGCUCAAACAAGCUUACAGUCUAGAGGAGGUGGGGUAUAAAACACAAUAGGAAGGGUAUGGAGAGAGACAGCAAAUAGACAUGGUGGGAAAGUAACAGAACUGAAGGUGAGAGUGGAGUGUGGCCCUAUAGCAGAGAACGAGAGGAAGGUUUGAGAGAUAGAAACAACUUCUAAAGGCUGUAAGCAGUCCUGAAAAGAUGGGUUUUGAGAGACUUCUUAAAUGAUUGGAGACUAGGGGAGAGUCUGACAGGGGUAGGCAGGCUGUUCCAAAGGAAAGGAGCCUCCUGUGAGAAGUCUUGCAGGCGUGAGCAGCAGACAGGAGAAGGUCAUCAGUAGAGUGGAGAGAUCGAGAGGGGGCAUACCUAUGAAUCAGUGAAGAAAUGUAAGAGGCGCUAGAGUUGGUUAGAGCUUUACAUGUUAGGGUUAGUAUUUUAAAUUGACACCUGUAGGGUACAGGAAGCCCGUGUUUUACACAAUUUAAGCGUGCAGUUUAUUGGUAUACUAACUUUGUAUGUAACUUUUGGUGAGUGCUUUUGUAAUUGUGUGGGUUUAUGCACUAUUUAUAACUUUUGGGUUCUUAAGCACUUUAAACUUUUUUGGUUUCUGUUACUUUAUCACAGGUUAUUUACUUAAAGGGACACUCCACUGCCCAAAUACACAUGAAAUCAUCACUGUGUAGUAGAUAUACCCCAAAUGAAAACAUCCAUGCAUUUAAUCAUGCAUUUUUUUAUUGGAGUUAUAUCUUAAAACAGCUUGCACAAACUGCAGAUCUCUUGUCUGCAGCCUUUGCAUGCCCUCAUCUUCUAACCCUCUCCAGACUUUAUGUGGCUGUCCAAUCACAGACUUCUCAAAGCAGUUCAAUGCAAAGUCUUUGCAAGGUAGAUGCUCUGAGCCAUUGCUGCCUCUUGAGUUCAGUGCAAAUUAGCCAACCAAACCAGGAAGUAACAAGACCUGUUGUCUGCUUGAAAUGCUAGGAGGGUGUAACCAGUAUAAUUUAUUACAGUCUCAACUUCUGUUGAAAUUUGCACGUUUUCCAAAAUAAAAGAAAAAGGACAUACUCUUCACAGAAAAAAACUUUUCAACGAUCUUAAGUGCUUUUGGAGUCUGGAGUGUCACUUUAAAGGUAUUUUGACAAUUAUUAUCUGGCCAUUUAGCUGCAAAUCUCUGCAAAAUAUUAGUAAAAUUGCGGCUUUUAUAAUAUUUAACAUACAGUCCUAUAACAAGUAUUUGUAGAGCUGGAUUUUGUAAAGCUGGUGUGUGCUGUACAUAUUGUACAGCUUCUAAGUACGUUAAGUAUGUUAAGUACAACAAUACCCUCAGUUGUAUGCUACUGAUACUAUUUUGUGAAACUACAGUGUCAUAUAAGAGACCUGUGUAUAAUUUUGCAUUAUAGCAGUUUGACUGUUCAUAGUAACCCACAAAGGCCUCACUACCUGGCUUUCCAGAGUUUCUCAUGUAGUGUAUAUCGUGCCUUAAAGGGACACUAUAUUCACCAGAACAACUGCAGCUUAAUGUAGUGGUUCUGGUGUCUAUAGUCUGUCCGUGAAGGCUUUAUAAUGUAGACACUGCCUUUUCAGAGAAAAGAUGCAUUGAUUCAGUACAUCUCUACGCUGAUUGGCUCAGUGCAGCAUUUGAUGAUCUCAGCCAAGGGGCUGGAGUGUGGGCGGGGCUAGAUUCUAGGAGACCCACGCGGCUCUGAAAGAAAAGGUGAGAAAUAUCACCUUUCACUUAGAUUUCAUGGGGGCCAGACAUCUAAACAUUGCUUUCAAAGCUAUAGUGACAGGAUGACAUGUUUGUAUUUCCAUCAUUAUAGUGAUCCUUUAAAGGCACACUACAACAAAAAAAAUAAAAUGUUCAUAUUUUGUUUAUUUUAUGUUGAUGAUAUCUUAUUAUUAUUAUUUUUAUUAUUGUAUUAUUUAUAUAAUGCCAUCAGAUUCCUUAGCGC